AUGGUUUCUGUUCCAAAGACCUACAAACUCUCCAGUGGCCAUCUUUUGCCCUCUCUAGGGCUGGGAACCUACGAUAUUCCACGGUCGGAGACCACAGAGGUGGUUUACCAGGCUUUAAAGGCCGGCUACAGACAUUUGGACACCGCAGUUCUAUACGGGAAUGAACAAGAAGUAGCGCAGGGGAUUCACCAGUGGCUACAGGAAGACCCGCAUAAUAACAAACGCAGCGACGUAUUCUACACGACCAAGCUGUGGAACUCGCAAAAUGGCUAUUCCAACGCAAAGCGUGCCAUCCAGGAGUGCUUGGAAAAGGCCAAACCGUUGGGCUACAUCGACCUGCUGCUGAUCCACUCGCCGUUGAGCGGGCCCAGACGCAGAUUGGAAACCUACAAAGCCAUGCAAGAGGCCGUGGACCAGGGCGUGGUGCGGUCCAUUGGUGUUUCGAACUACGGCGUGCAGCAUGUGGACGAGCUGCUGGCAUGGCCCGAGCUCAAGCACAAGCCAGUGGUCAACCAAAUCGAGAUUUCGCCCUGGAUUAUGCGUCAGGAGCUGGCCGACCAUUGCAAGGCCAAGGGACUAGUUGUCGAGGCGUUUUCUCCUCUCACACACGGCUACAAGCUAAAACAUCCCAACGUCCUGCAGGUGGCCAAGGAGACCGGCCACGACGCGGGCCAGGUGCUGAUCCGGUGGUCUUUGCAACACGGCUACGUGCCUCUGCCCAAGUCACGCUCGGUGGCCAGACUCACGGGGAAUUUGAAGGCAUACGAUUUCCAGCUUUCGCCGGAGCAAAUUUCAUUUUUGGACCAGCCCAAUGCUUACGAGCCCACCGACUGGGAGUGUACUGACGCACCAUAG